CACUCUAUCGCUUCUUUGCUUCUCCAUCACGUCAAAUCAUCUCAUUCUCUCACUCACUCGCAUCAAGCCAUUAGAUUCAUAAACGAAUCAAAUCUCGCAUAUCUUUCAACAUCCAAAAAGCCACAAACAGACUCGCGGAAGAGAAAAAAAAAAGAGAGUCUUUACAACGUGCCUAAAACGUCCCUUUGUCGCACUUUUCAUCCUUUCUUUUACUUCUUAACAACCACUCAAUAUAUAUAUAUAUUAUAGAAGCUUGUAUCACUUCUUCUUUCUUCUCAAAAGAUCUUUCAUCUCAAAUAUUCGAAUAAGAACUUUCCGAAAUGACACCGAUUAUAGACAUACAUACAAGUAAUAGCGCUGGACGUAGUGUUGAUGGUGAUACGGAAGCAACAACUUCUUCACCUGUCGUCCCGGAAGUUUUGGAGAAUGGUAAAACUCAGAGGUUAAUCGUCGUUUCGAAUAGAUUACCGGUCACUAUAACUAAAGAUGAGAAAGGGGAAUACAAGUUUGGAAUGAGCUCCGGUGGACUAGUGUCUGCUCUAUCGGGGGUGAAAAAGACCAUGGACUUCACAUGGAUCGGAUGGCCAGGGAAAGAGAUCCCAGAAGCCGAUAGAGAACAUGUGAACAAGAGGUUGAUGGCGGAGUACUCAUGUUAUCCUGUUUAUCUGUCCGAUGAGCUUGCGGAUCGACACUACAACGGCUUCUCAAACUCUAUCCUCUGGCCCCUUUUCCAUUACCACCCCGGAGAGAUGAACUUCGACGCUGCCAAUUGGCUCGCCUAUCGAGAGGCAAACAUGCGUUUCGCCGAUGUCGUCGCCUCCAUGGCCUCUUCAGGGGAUAUCAUCUGGGUCCAAGAUUAUCAUCUGAUGCUCCUCCCCAUGCUCCUCCGAUCACUCAUUUCCGGCGAAUCGGCACAGGGCGAGAUGGUACGACGUGAGCUUGGUAGAGUGAAAGAGGGUGUCGAUGAUGGUGUCAUCAAGGAUGUUUUACAUAUGGGCACUGGUGUGGCGGAUGCUAUGGACGAGGGUUUGGACAUGCUGGACGAUGUAGAGGAAGAAGGCGAAGGAUUGUUGAUCAAGACGAACCCGGGACAAAGACGCCCGAAAUAUGCCAGGGGUAUGUCUGCAUUUCAGAAACAGGAGAUGGUGGCCAAGUCCAAAGGGAAGGAGGGGAUUAGGAUCGGGUUCUUCUUGCAUACACCAUUCCCUUCCAGCGAAAUUUAUCGAAUCCUGCCCGUCCGUCGGGAGAUCCUCCUCGGUGUCCUUCAAUGUGACCUCAUAGGUUUCCACACAUACGACUACGCCCGACACUUCCUUUCCUCCUGCACUCGUAUCCUAGGUCUUCAAACAAUGCCCAACGGUAUCGAGUUUGAAGGUCGAUAUGCACAAGUUGGAACAUAUCCGAUCGGUAUCGAUCCUAAUCAGUUUGUGAACGGUUUGAAACAACCUAAAGUGCAAGCUAGGUUAGCGCAACUCGAAAAACGGUUCGAGGGAUGUCAUGUGCUGGUUGGUGUGGACCGACUGGAUUACAUCAAGGGAUUGCCUCAGAAAUUACAUGCCUUGGAGGUGUUCUUAACGCAGCACCCAGAGUAUGUCGGGAAGGUCGUUCUCGUGCAGCUCGCCAUCCCAUCCCGGCAGGACGUUGAAGAGUAUCAAAAUCUACGUGCAUGCGUCAACGAGCUCGUCGGCAGGAUCAACGGCCGGUUUGGGACUGUCGAGUUUAUGCCUAUCCAUUUCAUGCACAGAAGUGUGCCGUCUGAUGAGUUGACUGCGAUGUAUGCGUUGGCGGAUGCGUGUUUGGUGACUUCAACGAGGGACGGGAUGAAUUUGGUCGCAUUUGAAUACAUCUCCUCACAGGCCAAAAGACACGGCUCGAUGAUAUUAUCCGAAUUUGCUGGAGCCGCUCAGAGUUUGAACGGGAGUAUCAUCAUCAAUCCUUGGGACGUGCAAUCAACGGCGGAUGCGAUUUACCAAGCUUUACAGCUCAGUGCGGAACAACGGGAGAAUAGCUGGCGAAAACUAUACCGGUACGUGGCGAAACAUACUGCCGAAGCUUGGGGAGUGGCAUUUGUGUCCGACCUACGACGUAUCGUCCUCGGUUCCGGUCAACCGGCUCCUGUACGCAAACGUUCCGGUACCCUCAGUCGGACAUCGAGCAAGGCCAGCAUGGGUCGUCGAGCGAGCACGACGUCGGUGAGCGGGGUCACGAGUGUGAAGGCGUAGUGCGUACUUGGGGGAUUUGUAUGUGGAAAAUGGUACGAAAGAUCGUUAUUGUGUGGUAGAUGUGGAAUAAGAGAUGACGUAAGUACACGAAUUUGAUGAAGAAUCAUGUCGAGAUUAAAGAAGCGGUGAGGUUUCAAGAAGUCAUUUGAGAAGUUUUUACACACAUGUUCAUGCAUCAAUCGUCUGUGUUGAAAGACACGGUGGUUGUUGAUGUC